AAAAACUUUCACUUCUUUUCUCUCUACUUCUCUCUUUUUCCUCUAUCCAUUCCUGAGUCUCUGAGAUGCCAAAGCCAUGUCGGAGCCUCCGACGACAUCAACGGAGCCACAGCGUCAGCAUCAGCAUCAGUAUGAGCAGCAGCAACAUCCCCACCAUCUCCUACAUUUACCCCUAAUCCACGGUGGCGCAUCCACGGGCACCACUGCCCGAAUCAACACUGCAGCAGCAACCUCACCCUCGACAGUAAUAGUCCGAGAGUACCGCAAAGGGAACUGGAAUCUCCAAGAGACGAUGAUUCUGAUAACCGCGAAAAAGCUGGACGAGGAACGGCGGAACAAGGCGGAGCAAGGAACGGCCAGAAAGGGCAGCGAGCUGCGGUGGAAGUGGGUGGAAAACUACUGCUGGAGCCAGGGGUGCCAGCGGAGCCAAAAUCAGUGCAACGACAAGUGGGAUAACCUACUCCGCGACUACAAAAAAGUCCGGGAGCACGAAUCCCGCGCGUGCGAUCAAUCCCAAAUUCCGUCUUACUGGAAAAUGGAAAAGCAUGAGCGUAAGGACAACAAUCUUCCUUCUAACAUGGCCUUUGAGGUGUAUCAGGCCUUAAACGACGUGGUUCAGAGGAAGCUCAGAGGUGUGUCUGUUGCUGUUGUUGCUGGUCCUCCGCCUCCUCCUUCCCCCGCCGAGGGCGAGGCUGCGGCGGGGACUAGUUCCCCGGCGGCUUCAGAGUCGUCGUCGUCGUCGUCGGGGCAGAAGAAAGAGAAGAGGGAGAGAAAGAGGAGAAGAGUGGGAAGAAGCAUUGAGAGAAGCGCGUCGGCGGUGGCUCAAACGCUGCGGACCUGCGAGGAGCAGAGGGAGAUCCGACACCAACAACUGAUGGAGCUUAAGAAACGGCGCCUUCAAAUCCAAGAAGCCCGCAACCACAUUCAGGGUCAAGGCAUCGCCGACCUCGUGGCCGCGGUUGCCAACCUCUCCGGCAUAAACAAUAGAAGAAGAAGAAGAAGAUCAGAAGAGUAUGAAUGUUUAUACAGUGGAGAAGAGGUGAGAAUGUUGAAAGAACAAAAUGAGGCAAUGCAGGCUGAGCUUUCGAGCGUCAAGACUGAGCUUUCUCAACUCCGAGACCAAAUGCCCUCUCUCGUGCGAACCAUGAUGCACAAUGCGAUGCACAACAUCCCUCCUCCUCCUCCUCCUCCUUCCAUGGACCCAGGUGGAGAUGGUUACAAAUAAUUGGUUAUUAAUUCAUUCACAAAAUUACUACAAUUCAUCAUUGUUUCAUAUCA